CAGCCGUGGACAGUCCCAGCCGGUGAUUCUUGCGUCGGUUUCUCGCUCAGCUGAACCUCCGCAGAAGGUCUUUCUGUGUAGCCGGUUAGCAUCAUGGCGAACGUGGUGGAUACUAAGCUAUACGACAUCCUCGGAGUUUCACCGUCUGCCUCUGAAAAUGAACUGAAAAAGGCCUACCGCAAAUUGGCCAAAGAGUACCACCCUGACAAGAACCCCGAUGCUGGAGACAAGUUUAAAGAAAUCAGUUUUGCCUAUGAGGUGCUGACAAACCCAGAAAAGAAGGAGCUUUACGAUCGCUAUGGAGAACAGGGGCUACGGGAGGGAGGUGGUGGAGGGCCUGGCAUGGAUGAUAUCUUCUCUCACAUCUUUGGCGGAGGACUGUUUGGGUUCAUGGGGGGACAGGGCAGAGGACGCAAUGGAGGCAGGAGGAGAGGAGAUGAUAUGGUACACCCCCUGAAAGUUUCUCUUGAAGACCUCUACAAUGGCAAAACCACCAAACUGCAGCUCAGUAAGAAUGUGCUGUGUGGUGCCUGUAAUGGUCAGGGGGGUAAGGCAGGAGCUGUGCAGAAAUGUGUGGCAUGCAGAGGACGAGGUAUGAGAAUUAUGAUUAGACAGCUGGCCCCUGGGAUGGUCCAACAGAUGCAAUCAGUUUGCACAGACUGCAAUGGAGAGGGUGAGGUGAUAAACGAGAAGGACCGCUGCAGAAAGUGUGAGGGUCAUAAGGUGUGUAAGGAGACUAAGCUUCUGGAGGUGCAUGUGGACAAAGGCAUGAGACAUGGACAGAAGAUCACAUUCUCUGGGGAAGCUGACCAAGCACCAGGUGUCGAGCCAGGAGAUAUAGUCCUCGUGCUGCAAGAGAAAGAACAUGAGGAAUUCCGCCGUGAGGGCAGCGACCUUCACAUGGUGCAACGCAUUGGCCUUGUCGAGGCUCUGUGUGGCUUCCAGAUGACAGUCACACAUCUUGAUGGACGUCAGUUGCUUGUCAAAUAUCCACCUGGCAAGGUCAUCGAGCCAGGCUGUAUUCGAAUGGUGAAGGGAGAGGGAAUGCCUCAGUACAAAAACCCAUUUGAGAAAGGAGACCUUUACGUCAAGUUUGACGUCCAGUUCCCUGAAAACAACUGGAUUAGCCCUGAAAAACUGAAUGAACUCGAGUGCUUGUUGCCUGCUCGCGCUGAGAAUCCAGUUAUUUCAGCAGAUGCAGAGGAAGUUGACCUGACAGAAUUUGACAAGAGUCAAGGGUCAGGAGGAGGAGCCAGAAAAGAGGCCUACAAUGAUAGCUCUGAUGAGGAGGGGGGCCACCAUGGCCCAGGGGUACAAUGCGCACACCAAUAGAAAGACUCAUACAUAAACAUGCACACACAUAAAUACAUAAACAUCCCUUGACUCCCAUUGCUAACACCAUUCAAGACUUGACGCACAUACAUGCAGAUUAAUCUCCUUUCAUGAUUACUAUGAAAGAGAUACACACAUAUAUCCACCCUCCUCAGUUCCAUGGUGCCCAUAAGUCAGAGAUAUGCUGGACGUGUGAUGACCAUUUUGUGUUUAUGGACAGUAGUGCUCAUCAAAGCCUCCAGCAAGAAGGUUAACUGACUGAACUUGACUUGGACCGCCCUGUUUUCAUCCUAGGCUUUUACCUUUCACUGUGGGAAACACCAGUCUAGUGUAAAAAAUGCAAAUAUUGUUGACUAUCUUGUAUAAGGUGUAGUUUAGUCUUUCACACACAAGCGCAUGCUGCUUUCUUGCCGAAGAUCUUGCACAUGUAGAUCCAGGGUCUGGACAGGACACUACGGAGAAAUCUGACACCACACCUGUUUAAAUUUCAGCGUGUCACUCUUAUCAAAAGUGCCCUGCUAUCAUAUGAGCUGGCCUGAUAACAAACCCUAAAAGUGUGUCCUCCGCACAGCCUGCUGAGAGCGUUUAAUCCACCUCAUCCUCUAAGAAGAACUGUCAUAUUUCGAAAAUGUGGUUUUUAGUUCCCAGCUGUCACAUUGCAAAAAUAUUAAAGCCCUGAGUAAAGAACCUGUCAGCCAGGCACCAUGUUUUUGUUUUUCUUUUAGUUUGGAUUUCUAACUUGUUGGUUUGAAUGUUAGUGUGUUCGAGACCACAGAACUUGAACCUAAGUUGCAUACUCUUCAUCUGAUUUGAGGACACACUUGUGUACUUCGUAUGUCUGUCUGUGUAAUGCAGUGGCUCGGUGUGUGUGAGCUGCUGUGGAAUGUUCUGGCUUAUUAGAGUGAUAGGUAUUCCUGCUUUGUGUUGGACUGCAGUGCGAGUGGACAUUAUAUAGGGUCAAUUUAAGAGGAAAAAAAACAGAAUGUUUAUUUGCUGAGAAUCUCUCCCAUGUAGACAUUUUCCCUCUAUUCACCAGGAACAAGAGAGGAGGAUUUCCUCUCUUGCAGGAAAACCACUGGGCCCGCACCAAACCUCUGUAUUAUACAUAUCUGCCCAUCAUAGAGUUGUUAGCCAAACCUACAUCCUUUUCUGUCUUACAAUAGUCCCAUCCCCAUAAACCUGUAAAUAAGUACUGCCCCAGUCCAUAGGUGCAUUCAAAGUCUACAGCAGUGUCCUUUGUCUAGUCACAUUAUUUCUUACACAAGUGAGUAAUGGCCAGCAGUGCCAAUAUAAAUGUUAUGUUCACAUGAAGGAGAAGUUGAUGGAUCUCUGUAGACUGCUAUCAUGCACCUCUGUGACUCAUCGUGUAUGAAAUUUAGGCCACAGGGGGGGGGUCAUGUGUACACAACUAAAGGGGGUCAUUGAUAAAUGACAUUACUGUUGAUGCUUAUGUUUGUCAAGAUGAUAAUUAAACUGUAUAAUAAACAGUCACUUCAAAUUUGA